UUCAAAUGUCAACUGGAAUUUUAUAACCUCAAUAUUUCCGGAGUAAAUUAUUUAACAAUGGAACACUAUUUGUUAUUAUAAGGUAAUUGACAACUAUUAAAGGAGCACACUAUCUGAAGAAGCCUCCCUGUAAAAAAUGAUUGGAAUAGACAGGCAUAGGUUGAAGAGGUAUCCGAACGAAGUGGGUGUAUUGUACGACAUAAAUGAGCCCCGUUUGAAUGAUUUCUCAAAUGGGGAAGGCGACGAGAUCGACUUUGAGCAUCCCAAUCCUGUAUCCAACUUCGUUGAUCCUGACAAAGAGGCAACUUUUAAGAAAUUUAUUGGAACUAGUGUUAGUCUCGUUAGUUUAAUAGCCGAAAAUUUACUUAGUCACCCUUUUGUCGUGUUACGCCGACAGUGUCAGGUACACAAUAAGUCUAAGCAAUACCAUGUGCUACCGAUUACUUUGGUACCUGUUCUCUGUCAUUUGCACAGACAUCAAGGACUAACGACAUUAUGGAAAGGCCUUGGAUCUGCUUUGUUAGUGCGUGGCAUGACGCUUGGUGUUGAAGAUUUACUUUCAAAAGUUACACCUUGGCCCAAAGAAAUGUACAGAGGAAUGUCGGUGAAGGCCUUUUUUCAGCAUCUAUUGUUGAAAGGAGUAACUUUUUCACUAAUAAUGCCAUACUAUUGUGCGUCACUCGUAGAGACAGUGCAAAGUGACAUUGCCAGUGAAAAACCAGGAAUGCUGGAUGUAUUUAGGGAAGGCACGAUACGCCUAUUUAACUUGGGCGGUAAUUCAAAAGGGCGCAUGUUACCAGUUUGGGUCUUGGUACUGCCGACAAUCACAUUCGGUAUAAUCCGUUAUUUGUUUUCAUCUGCCGUCAAAGCGGGCACUUUUCGAUUAUUACAAGUUCGCGUGAAAGAGAGUUACCCGUCGAAAGCACUACCGAAGGAUAUAACAAACGUUGGUCUGGUGCACGAUAUCGAGUUGAAUGCUUCGAUUACCGCCACUGUGGCAUCCGACUUAAUCUUUUAUCCGUUCGAGACCAUCCUUCACAGAUUAUAUUUACAGGGUACCAGAACGAUCAUUGAUAAUUUAGACUCUGGAAGAUCUGUAAUACCAAUACUGACAAACUACAACAGUCCAACGGAUUGUUUUGAAAGUUGUCUCUCCACCGAAGGCGUUUUUGGCUUGUACAAAGGCUUUGGAGCCUUACUAUUGCAAUACGCCGCUCACAUAUUCGUUGUUCAGUUAACGAAGUUCGUACUGACUGAAAUUACAGCGAUUUACAGAGGGCGAAGACUGCCCAGUUUGCCUGUUAAGGCCCAAAACGAAUUAGUCGAUGAUAAUCAUUUGUCUUAAUUGUUUAGGAUACCAGUUGUAUUUUAUAAUUUGUUAUUUCAAGUUGGUAGAUCAAUAAAAAGGUAAUAACCAGUUUUUAUUUU